ACCAGAAUGGGGCCACAUCCCUUACUUCGUGCAGGUGUCCUAGGACAACAGACAGACGCCUUCCUGUCUCAGGUUUGUUGAGUUCCCUGCACGCAGAGAACGGCUGAUGCAGACUCCCUUGCCCUCAUCAUGCCAGCAAGACCGCGUGUUAGGAGGGCCGUGGCAGCAGUAUCGGACCACAGCGUGCCGAUACAGCUCACACUGGACAGUCCUAACACCGACGUCUGAAGGCCGCGCACAAAGUGUAUUUACGUGCAUGACCCAAGAAAUUCAUGUCGUUUCUAAGAUUUCAGUUCACGUUUCCCUGAAAACUGUGGAUCAGAGUGUGUUUCGUUGAACUCUCGUGUGACCCGACCAGUGUCUCCCAGAACGGGCCGGCUGACCCAGUGGAUGCCAGUGUGUCCAAGGCACUAGUUUAGAAGAACGUAGCUUUUAGUUCUAUUUGUGAUGAUUUAAACGUGAGCUUUAAAUAUGAAAGUUUCGAGCCUGAACUAACUCCGUGGGUGAGAAUGUUUAAACAUUUUCUCACUGUUUGAAAAAUGGGGUGGGGGAGAGGAAAGAAAAGUAGAACAAAAAGCGGAGGAAGAACCUGAACCGCUAUUUGGAAUUUGGGUAGACGGUUUUAUUUCAAAACGUGCUUUUAUUCACAAGUCCGCUUUGAACUUGCUGAGAAGACCCAGGGGCACAGGAGGGUUGCUGCACCUGCCCCCGGGAGGGAGCAGUGUCCCCGUGCUGUCUGGCGUGCACCCCUGUCCGAGCCCCAGGGGCACCGGCCACCGUGGGCCAGUGUCGGGGUAUCCUUGGAGGAGCAGAGCUGUGACCUCUGGGUGUCAGGUGGGCCUUCGGUUCUGGCGAUGGUCUGUCACGUGGAGGAUGGACCGAGUCCUGGCUGUGCCUCGCGACUCUCUCUGGGGCAGAAGGACGGGAUGGUGGCAACCUGGCGUAGAAGCCAUGCUCAGGCAGGGCCAGGCAGCGUGCCCAUCAGCCGUGUCCACCCUUAGGAGGAGCCCGUGGACCUCAGGCAUUCCCAUCGGGGGAGGCUUCUCGGGGGUGCCAGUCUGGUGAUUAGUGCCCGUGUUUUCCUAUGUCCACACUCAGGAAACAGGCGCCUGUCUGUUGCUGGGUCCUCGGUGUCAGAGUGCUGACCGGGGCUGUGAAUGCUGACGUCAGCCUCCACAAAAGAGACAAACAUCUGAGGAAGAUGCCAUACCCCUCACGCCCGGCCUGUGGCUCUUCUGCUCUGGCUCUGACCGGAAGUGUAGUUAUUACCUGAUGGCACUCAGAGUCUGUCCAGAUGAGGGGUGUCAGAGCAAGCAAGCCACCCCUUCCGGCACCAGCUGGCCUGCCAGGGUGCCUGGGCCAUGCCGGGACGCCAGCCUGCCCCUGGAAGAAUCUGCGUGGCUCAGCCGUCGGGAGCCCACACGUCCACAGAACUGGUCGAAGCGUGCCUCUCGACUUACAGUGUCCUUCCCUUAAUCCGUGCGGUGCCCGUGCAGAGCCCGUGUGUUCGGUUCCGUAUGUUCCACCAGGAGGACAUUAACUGGAUUGCCAGCUCUCUGUGUUUGAAGGAGAUGUAUAACCUGGGGAACUAAUUUAUUGGAUUUUAAAAGGGUUUUUCGAAAUUCUGCUUGUAACCAAUGACUUGGCAGAUAGGUUUCCUUCUUUUCAGUGAAGUAAGAACCCUGAUGGGUUGUAUAAUGCGGCGGGAACCACAUUGGUCACACGGCCGUCCGUCCCUUGUGCGUUAGAGUCCGCCUGUGUCCCAGCCGCGUGAGGCUGCGGCCUUGUGGGCAUCCAGCCUUUCAUGGACUUCCCACCCCCGGUGGCUGCAGAGAGGAGUGUGGUGUGGGAGCCCACGGGGGACGGGAGGAGAGUCAUCUCGCUGGCCGACAGCCACAUUCUGCUAUGGGACCUGCAGGAGAGCUCCAGCCAGGCCGUGCUGGCCGGUUCGGCGUCCCUGGAAGGGAAGGGACAGCUGAAGUUCACCGCGGGACGGUGGAGCCCUCACCACACCUGUACCCAGGUGGCCACCGCGAAUGACACGACCAUCCGAGGGUGGGACACGCGGAGCAUGAGUCAGAUCUACUGCAUAGAGAACGCCCACGGGCAGCUGGUGCGGGACCUGGACUUCAACCCCAACAAGCAGUACUACCUCGCCAGCUGCGGGGACGACUGCAAGGUCAAGUUCUGGGACACCCGAAAUGUCACCGAGCCCGUGAAGACCCUGGAGGAGCACUCGCACUGGGUGUGGAGCGUCCGCUACAACCACUCGCACGACCAGCUCGUGCUCACGGGCAGCAGCGACAGCAGGGUCAUCCUGUCCAACAUGGUGUCCAUCUCCUCCGAGCCCUUCGGCCACCUGGUGGACGACGACGACCUGAGCGACCAGGAGGAGCGCCGUCCGGAGGAGAAGAGCCAGGAGCCCCCGCAGGACAGCGUCAUCGCGACCUACGAGGAGCACGAGGACAGCGUGUACGCCGUGGACUGGUCGUCCGCCGACCCCUGGCUGUUCGCCUCCCUGAGCUACGACGGGAGGCUCGUCAUCAACCGGGUGCCCAGGGCCCUGAAGUACCACAUACUGCUGUAGCGCGUCCCCGGCCGUCCUCGGCCGGCUCUCCCACCCCCGCGUCUGUUCGGAGGCGGCUGUCCCCACAGGCCGCUCGCCGGGAACCGGCCUCACCUGCGUCCGCC